AUCUCACUAUCCAUAUUCUUCACUUUUAUAACAUAUUGGAAAGAAACCAUGUCGGGUGUUUGGGUGUUCAAGAAUGGUGUUGUUAGGCUAGUGGAGAACCCAGGUGCUGAUGCCUUGCAAGGUGCAACUCGUGGCAAGGUGCUAGUGCACCUACCCACGAACCAAGUGGUCACUUCAUACGAGGUUCUUGAACAAAUGCUAACAUCUAUGGGCUGGGAAAGGUACUAUAAUGAUCCUGACCUUCUUCAGUUUCAUAAAAGAACGACAGUUCACCUCAUAUCUCUCCCAAAAGACUUCAAUAAGCUCAAGUCAAUGCACAUGUAUGAUAUCGUCAUCAAGAAUCGCAAUGUCUUUGAAGUAAGAGACACCUAAUAAACUCCUGCUGGUCGUGGUCUUGCGUAUAUACAUGGCUCGUUCCCUGGAUCCAAAUUCUCUUUCUAGUUAUAUGUGUGUUUUGAUCGUUCGUAUUCCCGGAUUUCCGUCAUAAAAUUUCGAUUUGUACUGUUUCUAUAUAUGGCUUUCAA